UACUAUGACGUCAGACGUAAGGUCAAGAGGAAAGAAGCAUGGCGGCCGUGUUGAGAGGGUCUCGGUACCUGGCUGGAAGGUGCUGCCAGCAUGUUGACUUUGCUUUGGUCUCCACGAGGUCUAUGGCCUCGAAGACCCCGGUGGGGUUUAUCGGUCUGGGCAACAUGGGGAACCCGAUGGCCAAGAACCUGCUGAAGCACGGAUAUCCCAUCAUCGCUACUGACGUGUUCCCCGAAUCCUGCAAGGACGUUCAGGAGCUGGGCGCUCAGAUUGUGGAUAAUCCUGCUGAGGUAGCAGAUAAAGCUGACCGCAUCAUCACCAUGCUGCCCUCCAGUCCCAACGUCAUCGAUGUUUAUACUGGACCCAACGGCAUCCUCAAGAAGGUGAAGAAAGGCUCCCUGCUCAUCGACUCCAGCACCAUCGACCCGUCGGUCUCUAAAGACAUGGCUGCUGCUGCAGAGAAGAUGGGGGCAGUUUUUAUGGAUGCACCUGUAUCAGGAGGUGUGGGAGCUGCCAGUUCUGGUAAACUGACGUUCAUGGUUGGAGGAGCAGAGGAGGAGUUCACUGCAGCCAAAGAGCUGCUCACCUGUAUGGGAGCUAACGUGGUCUACUGCGGCCAGGUCGGAACCGGACAGGCUGCAAAAAUCUGCAACAACAUGCUUCUAGCUAUCGGAAUGAUCGGAACGUCAGAGACGAUGAACCUGGGAAUCAGACUUGGCCUGGAUCCUAAACUGCUGGCCCAGAUCCUGAACAUGAGUUCAGGUCGCUGCUGGUCCAGCGACACCUACAACCCGGUGCCGGGCGUGAUGGAGGGCGUCCCCUCCGGGAACAACUACCAGGGAGGCUUCGGCACCCAGCUGAUGGCCAAGGAUCUGGGUCUGGCCCAGAACACGGCCACCAACACGAAGACUCCGGUCCCUCUGGGCUCGCUGGCCCAUCAGAUGUACCGCGUCAUGUGUGCUCGCGGCUACGCCAAUAAAGAUUUCUCCUCAGUAUUCCAGUUCCUGCGUGAGGAGGAGGGCGGCCAGUAAUCAGCCUCCAGCGCUGACAGGACUAACGUAGAGUAGUUAGGGUGCAUUUCACCCCGACCACUUUCUGUUUCAACAACAAGAAGCCAACCAGCUCCAACACAGCGUGACAUCAUGUGAGCACUUCUCUCCUUUUGGAAAUCCUGUUUCCUGUGUGAUCUAGCCUUGAUAAUAUGCAACACUCCUUUCAGAUUUAGAAUCAAGAGAACUGUCAGAUAUCCAGAGGAUCAAAAGAUGAAUAGACUGUCUAUCAGCUCUACUGAUCUGAUUAUAAAGAGUCCAGAGGGAAUCUGGAGUUUUAAAAGACCACUCAUCAGUUCUGUUUUAUCAAACACGGUUUAGUCUCCACAUAUUUAUCUGUUUUUUGUGAUCAUUUCUUCAUGUUGCUGUUUUUUUCUGUUCGUCGGGUUUAUUUCUCUAGACAUUGAAAAUGUUACUUUGGGUUACUUUGAGUGUCAUCAUAUCCAGUUAAAAAAAAUAAAGACAAAUUGUGAUGUCUUCAA